AUGCAGAGCGCGACGCGGCUGACUCUGCUGCUGUGCGCGGCGUGGGUAGCCGCGCUGCUCUACGGCGAGAUGGGCGCCUACUGGGCCGCCCACCUCUCCUGCUCCUGGCCAUCCGCAUCCUCUUCCUCCCCAUCGCCGAGUAACCAUGUCAAGGUUGCCGUCAUUGCUGAUCCACAGCUUAUGGACAGCACCUCCCUUGGUCUACCACGAAGCUCAGUUGCACUGCAAGCUGCAGAGUUCUUCACAGAUUUGAACAUGAGAAGAUCCUUCCAGUCUGUGAUAUUGCCGUUCAAGCCUGAUGUCGUCUUAUUUCUCGGUGACUAUUUUGAUGGGGGCGCACAUAUAUUGGAUGAAGAGUGGCAGGAUUCUCUAUUCCGAUUUAAGCAUAUAUUCAGCAUGAGCGAACAGAGGACAAGUCCCCAUGUCCCAAUCUACUAUCUUUCAGGAAAUCAUGAUAUCGGUUACUCAGCAUUUCACUCAGUUCAUCCUGAGGUUAUCAGUCGAUACGAAAAAGAAUUUGGACCAAGAAACUUCCAUUUUUUGUCUGGGAAGGUGGACUUUGUUGUUGUUGAUGCUCAAACUCUUGAUGGAGGAGCCAAACAGAGCAAAGAAAGAUCCUCUUCUUGGGAGUUCAUCAAAACGCUAUCAUCUGGUAAUGAAUCAAAUCCAAAAAUUCUACUAACGCACAUUCCCCUGUACCGACCUGACAAUACUCCGUGUGGCCCACAUCGUUCUUCACCUGCUAUUAAUCAGAGGAUAUAUAGCGCUGCUAUGGACCAAGGAAUCAAGUAUCAGAAUUAUCUAAGUAAACAGACUUCCGAUCUUUUGCUAGGGCUGCUGAAGCCGACUCUUGUGCUCUCAGGGCAUGACCACGACCAGUGCACAGUUGUCCACUCCACUCCUUUUGGGCCAGUAACGGAGCACACCCUUGGGACAAUUAGUUGGCAGCAGGGAAAUCUGUAUCCAUCUUUUAUGCUGCUAUCUGCUGGGCCCCGAAAUUCUACUGAUUCUAGUCAGGAGGUUCUGACGAAUCUUUGCUUCCUGCCUAAACAAACUCAUAUCUAUAUCUGGUAUAUCUUUCAGUUUGUGGUUACCAUCCUUCUGCUGAUGUUUUGGCCAACAAAUGGUCUAAGCUCUCUUCCCUACGUGAACACAUUUGUGAGCUUUAUGAGUUCGGCGGGUGCUGACCUGUUUCCAAGAAGCAAAGAAAAAGAUGAUGCGGAAGAUGGCGAAUAUGAAAUGGUUUGGGAUGCAGAGGGAUCCAUGCACCUGGUUAAAAAAGCGGUGGCAAGGCCCCCCAUCACUAACUCAGACUCCAAAACUACAGGACGAGGAAAUGUUGUGGCAAGGCCAACUGCGAGAAAGCACCAACCUGAACCUGAUUCAUCAUCUGUUCAUGUUGAGAUGGGAUCUGAAACGGCGGCAGAAGAUGGAGGGAAGGCGCCUCGCCCGAGCAAAUGGAAAAUAAGGACGGUCCUCCAGAGGCUGUUCCGCGUCGUUCAGUCGGUUGCCAUUAUUGCCGUGCUGAAUGUUCCUCUAUAUAUGAUGCUUCUGUUUAAGGAUUGGGUUGACCGUUGA